GGGAUAUGAAAAGAAGAGGUCAAAAUUAAUUGGAGCCUACCUGCCACAACCUCCAACAGCGAAUGGAGCUGCCGUGGUUCGCUGUAGACUGCAACACAGUGAAGGAGCCACAAGAAGAAUGCUCCGCUCUGCCAACAUCGGAGUGUGUGACAUCCGAGAAGCAGCGGCCAGAGAGCGGGUGGCCAGCACCACAGGAAACCGGCCUCUGUUUUACUUUCGUUUCGGAGUGGAUCAAGCUUUGCCUCAAGAGCGCCGCACCCCGGUCACUCCCUCUUCUUCCUCUCGCUAUCACCGCCGAAGGUCCUCAGGGUCACGGGAUGAACGCUAUCGGUCGGAUGUUCAUACUGAAGCUGUUCAGGCAGCUCUUGCUAAACACAAAGAAAGAAAGAUGGCAGUGCCUAUGCCUUCCAAACGCAGGUCCCUGGUUGUGCAGACCUCGAUGGACGCCUAUACACCUCCCGAUACCUCCUCUGGUUCAGAAGAUGAAGGCUCUGUGCAGGGUGAUUCCCAGGGAACCCCCACCUCCAGCCAAGGGAGCAUCAACAUGGAGCACUGGAUCAGCCAAGCCAUCCAUGGCUCUACCACAUCCACAACAUCCUCUUCCUCCACGCAAAGUGGUGGGAGUGGUGCCGCUCAUAGGCUGGCCGAUGUCAUGGCUCAGACUCACAUAGAAAAUCAUUCUGCACCUCCUGAUGUAACCACUUACACCUCAGAACCCUCGAUACAGGUGGAAAGACCACAAGGCUCAACAACAUCGAGAGCUGCACCAAAGUAUGGCAACGCUGAGCUUAUGGAGACGGGCGAUGGAGUACCAGUAAGUAGCCGAGUAUCAGCGAAAAUUCAACAGCUUGUAAAUACCCUCAAAAGGCCCAAACGACCGCCCUUACGGGAAUUCUUUGUUGAUGACUUUGAAGAAUUGUUAGAAGUUCAACAACCAGAUCCCAACCAACCAAAGCCAGAGGGAGCCCAGAUGUUGGCAAUGCGUGGGGAGCAGCUGGGCGUGGUCACCAACUGGCCGCCAUCUCUGGAAGCUGCGUUGCAGAGAUGGGGAACCAUCUCACCCAAGGCCCCCUGCUUAACCACUAUGGACACAAAUGGAAAACCACUGUACAUCCUCACUUAUGGCAAACUGUGGACAAGAAGUAUGAAAGUUGCUUACAACAUUCUACAUAAAUUGGGGACAAAACAAGAACCUAUGGUGCGACCUGGAGAUAGGGUAGCACUGGUAUUCCCCAACAACGACCCUGCUGCUUUCAUGGUAGCAUUCUAUGGUUGCUUACUUGCCGAAGUUGUUCCUGUCCCCAUUGAAGUGCCACUUACAAGAAAGGUUUGGGAUGCAGGAAGCCAACAGAUAGGGUUCUUGCUUGGAAGCUGUGGAGUUACUGUAGCCUUGACUAGUGAUGCUUGCCAUAAAGGACUACCAAAAAGCCCAACAGGAGAGAUACCACAAUUUAAAGGUUGGCCAAAGCUAUUAUGGUUUGUCACAGAGUCUAAACAUCUCUCUAAGCCUCCUCGAGAUUGGUUCCCUCAUAUUAAGGAUGCAAAUAAUGACACUGCUUAUAUUGAGUAUAAAACGUGUAAGGAUGGAAGCGUCCUUGGAGUGACUGUGACAAGAAGUGCACUGCUAACCCACUGCCAAGCCCUCACACAAGCCUGCGGCUACACCGAAGCUGAAACAAUUGUGAAUGUAUUAGAUUUCAAAAAGGAUGUUGGCCUCUGGCAUGGAAUUCUAACAAGCGUUAUGAACAUGAUGCAUGUAAUCAGCAUCCCGUACUCUUUAAUGAAGGUGAACCCUCUGUCCUGGAUCCAGAAGGUCUGCCAGUACAAAGCAAAAGUGGCGUGUGUCAAAUCAAGGGACAUGCACUGGGCAUUAGUCGCGCACAGAGAUCAGCGAGAUAUCAAUCUCUCCUCUCUCCGCAUGUUAAUAGUGGCUGAUGGUGCAAAUCCCUGGUCUAUUUCUUCUUGUGAUGCAUUUCUCAACGUCUUCCAAAGUAAAGGCCUACGGCAGGAGGUCAUUUGUCCUUGUGCCAGCUCACCAGAGGCUCUCACUGUGGCCAUCCGAAGGCCAACGGAUGACAGCAACCAGCCCCCAGGCCGGGGAGUCCUCUCCAUGCACGGGCUGACCUAUGGUGUCAUCAGGGUGGACUCUGAGGAGAAGCUGUCUGUCCUCACUGUGCAGGAUGUUGGCCUGGUGAUGCCUGGAGCCAUCAUGUGUUCCGUGAAGCCGGAUGGAAUUCCUCAACUAUGUAGGACAGAUGAAAUUGGCGAGCUCUGUGUGUGUGCCAUUGCUACAGGUACAUCCUAUUAUGGCCUCUCAGGCAUGACCAAGAACACCUUUGAGGUGUUUCCUAUGACAAGUUCAGGGGCUCCAAUCAGUGAGUACCCUUUCAUAAGGACAGGCUUGCUGGGAUUUAUUGGUCCAGGAGGACUUGUCUUCGUGGUGGGUAAAAUGGAUGGUUUGAUGGUGGUCAGCGGACGAAGACACAACGCCGAUGACAUUGUGGCAACAGCACUGGCAGUGGAACCAAUGAAAUUUGUUUACAGAGGAAGGAUCGCUGUCUUCUCAGUGACCGUCCUGCACGAUGAGCGGAUAGUCAUUGUGGCCGAGCAGCGGCCAGACUCCACGGAGGAGGACAGCUUCCAGUGGAUGAGCAGGGUUCUGCAGGCAAUUGAUAGUAUUCAUCAAGUAGGAGUUUAUUGCCUGGCCUUGGUUCCAGCGAACACCCUUCCCAAAACCCCCCUUGGUGGAAUUCAUUUGUCAGAAACGAAGCAGCUCUUCCUGGAGGGUUCCCUUCAUCCCUGCAAUGUCUUGAUGUGUCCACAUACUUGUGUCACAAACUUACCAAAACCUAGACAAAAGCAACCAGAAAUUGGUCCUGCCUCUGUGAUGGUGGGGAACCUGGUCUCUGGGAAGAGAAUUGCCCAAGCUAGUGGCAGGGAUCUCGGUCAGAUAGAAGACAACGACCAGGCCCGGAAGUUCCUGUUUCUCUCAGAAGUUUUGCAGUGGAGAGCUCAGACCACACCUGACCACAUCCUCUAUACGCUGCUCAACUGUAGGGGCACAAUAGCAAAUUCAUUGACUUGUGUGCAGCUUCAUAAAAGAGCGGAGAAGAUCGCCGUGAUGCUGAUGGAACGAGGGCACUUGCAAGACGGAGAUCACGUUGCGUUAGUGUACCCGCCAGGAAUAGACCUGAUCGCAGCGUUUUAUGGCUGCCUGUAUGCAGGCUGUGUGCCAAUAACAGUCCGCCCUCCACAUCCACAGAACAUUGCGACAACUUUACCUACUGUCAAGAUGAUCGUGGAGGUGAGUCGCUCAGCCUGUUUAAUGACAACCCAACUCAUAUGUAAAUUGUUACGGUCUCGAGAAGCAGCAGCCGCGGUAGAUGUCAGGACCUGGCCCCCCAUACUGGACACAGAUGAUUUGCCAAAGAAGCGGCCUGCCCAGAUCUACAAGCCUUCCAACCCAGAUACACUGGCUUAUCUUGACUUCAGUGUCUCCACAACUGGGAUGCUAGCCGGAGUGAAGAUGUCUCAUGCAGCCACCAGUGCCUUUUGCCGUUCUAUUAAGUUGCAGUGUGAGCUUUAUCCCUCUAGAGAAGUGGCUAUCUGUUUGGACCCUUACUGUGGACUUGGAUUUGUCCUCUGGUGCCUCUGCAGUGUUUACUCAGGACACCAGUCCAUUCUGAUCCCGCCUUCAGAGUUAGAAACCAACCCUGCUUUGUGGCUUCUUGCCGUGAGUCAGUAUAAAGUCCGGGAUACAUUUUGUUCCUAUUCUGUGAUGGAGCUAUGUACCAAGGGGCUGGGCUCACAGACGGAAUCACUCAAGGCACGAGGGCUGGACUUGUCUCGUGUGAGGACGUGUGUAGUCGUGGCAGAAGAACGACCUCGGAUAGCACUCACACAAUCUUUUUCCAAAUUGUUUAAAGACCUUGGCCUUCAUCCACGGGCUGUGAGCACCUCCUUUGGCUGUCGAGUGAACCUGGCAAUUUGCUUACAGCCUCACAGGCUGUGGAAGCUGGCCGAGCAGGGGACCUCUGGACCUGACCCAACCACUGUGUAUGUUGAUAUGAGAGCUCUGAGACAUGACAGAGUCCGCCUAGUAGAGAGAGGAUCCCCUCAUAGUUUGCCCCUAAUGGAAUCAGGAAAAAUCCUUCCAGGCGUUCGGAUCAUAAUUGCUAAUCCAGAAACAAAAGGACCUUUGGGAGACUCGCAUCUUGGUGAGAUUUGGGUUCACAGCGCGCACAACGCCAGUGGCUACUUUACGAUUUAUGGAGACGAGUCCCUCCAGUCAGAUCACUUCAACUCGCGACUGAGUUUCGGAGACACCCAGACAGUCUGGGCACGGACAGGCUACUUGGGGUUCUUGCGGAGAACCGAGCUAACGGAUGCGAAUGGAGAGCGCCACGAUGCCCUGUAUGUCGUGGGGGCACUGGAUGAAGCCAUGGAGUUGCGAGGAAUGCGCUAUCACCCAAUAGACAUCGAGACCUCCGUCAUCAGAGCCCAUAAAAGUGUUACGGAAUGCGCCGUGUUUACCUGGACGAACUUGUUGGUGGUCGUGGUGGAGCUCGAUGGGUCAGAGCAAGAAGCCUUGGACCUGGUUCCCUUAGUGACCAACGUGGUUCUCGAGGAGCACUACCUGAUCGUGGGAGUGGUGGUGGUCGUGGACAUUGGUGUCAUUCCUAUCAACUCCCGUGGAGAGAAACAGCGUAUGCACCUGCGAGACGGAUUCUUGGCCGACCAACUCGAUCCCAUCUACGUGGCCUACAACAUGUAGUCUUGUCUCUUUGGCUUCUGUGGACUUUUCUAGAGAUGUAAACUUUUUUUCUCGGUGUCCACUAAAAGUGUGCAGAUGCAAGGGCAACAUUCACCAGGAUCGGACCUUUUCUCAUUGUGAUGGUGAUGAUGAUGAUGAUGACUUUUCCCAGCAGUCAGGGUUGGCAUGGAAACGAAACGUGAAAUGUGAAUUCACCACUGAAUUUAGCGCAGAAGGACUUUGGGAUUACUGCCUUCGGUUUGUUGGAAAAGCCCAUUUCAAAAACUUUUUUUUCUUCCUUUUUUUUUUUAAUUAUUGAAUAAUAAGUGCUUUCUUCGUCAAUGUGGCAUUGUAUUUUGUUAAGCCGAAAUAGCAAUUAAAAAAUAUUCUGCCCUCCCGGUGGGUUCUUUUAAACAAAUUUAUGUAGUGUGACAAAGAAUUGUUUUCUUCGUUUUAAUGUGUCAUGGAUUCUUAAUGACAUGGAUCUGUUACUAAUUUCAGCCAUUGCUAGAACUCAUCCUUUUAGGAAAGUUUGUUGAGGUACGAGAAAACCUUCCAAAUAGCACCUUCCAAUUAGAGGCUAGCAGCUUUCUCUGUCAGAAAUGUGCUGAAGAAACAAAGGCUCCUAUACUGCCUUUGAUGUUAGCAUAGAAAGAAGAAAUUAUAAAUAAGGUGUAUUUCGGCAAUUAUCUUGCAGAUAUCUUUGUACUAAACUAAAAAGAUAAAAUAAGUUAACUUCUUCAUAUGUAAUUAUGUACAAAACGUUUAAUUUAUUUUGAUCUCUUUAGAAGUAUAAAAGAGAAAAAAAACAUUCAAGAAUAUUAAAGUCUUGUAAUGUUUGCUAAUAUAAAAAAAAGUGUUGUAUUAUCUUGCGUGGAUAGUAUCACAACAAAUAUAUAUAUAUGAAAUAUAAAUUCACUAAUGAAAACAAAGGAGAUUUUAAAGUUUAAAAUGCAGAACUUGUCACUUGCAUGGUGUCCCCUCACUGUCCUGUAGAUAAUCGAGUGACUUACUCACACACACUUUGCUGAGGAGCGCAAGCACAGGUUGCCCGGAGCCCCGUCUCCACGUCCUUCUAGAUGCCCGAGCCCAGCAAGUGAAAUGACUGCCAUCUGAGAGAUGGUGAAGGAACUUAAGGGUAAAUGUGCACUAAUUUUUUUUCUCUCCGUUGCUGUGGGGGCAAUGAAUGAAUUUUUGCUGGCAUGUGCUUACUACAUUUGAUAGACUUUAGGAAAGGCCGGUUGUUGAAUAGCACUGUAUUCUUAGCUGCAAGAAUUUGUUGCACACUAUUUUCAUCGUUUUUAUUUGUAUCACCUUUUCUUUGGUUCUUGGCGUGGAAAGGAACAGUAUGAUCACGUGAACUGGGGUGCAGUGAUCCCGCACCCCACACCCACCCCCAGCGGGCUACUGUGUGGCGUGGCCACAGUGUCCAGAAAAGCCUCGUCUAGGUGACUGUCACCUCACCUUGCAGCCCAACUAGCCGUGUGAGAACCUCCGGUCUCUGCGGUUCCCCAGCCUGGGCCAUAAGCCAGAUCCCUAGGGAGCCGUCUCGCCUCGGCAAAACCCAGGUUCCUGACAGGAUGGGAGCGCGCCCCUCAACCGCCUGUGGAUCAGCAGCGCGCCCUACUUUCUGUGCUGCUGCCUCACAUUCGCUUUAGUUUCCGGAGCUCACCUGUCCCCUUCUCGAUUGAAUUGGUCUGUCUGGUCCCACCAAAAAAGAGGUGUCAGCUCUCUUCCAGUGAUUUCUUGUCUAUUUGCCCCAAGAUGACCCUGCAGUGGCUUUCAUUCCUAGAUAUGCAUGAUUGAGAUUGUUGCUGGGCAAAAUGUAGAUCCUUCUGUUCAUUGUAUCAGCAAUGUCUUUGUCUGCCUUUGCCAUAUGCAGCCAGCAGUAAAUCCUUUGCUAAAGAAGAAAGAAAGAAAGCCAAGUUUUAUUUGACUUCUAAGAUCCAAGGCGGAUUGUUUUGAAUUAGUUUUAAGAAGCACAUUUCUUCAUUUGGCCACAGGGUUGGUGCAUCCCACCCCACCCCCAUCUCCACAAAUCAGUGGAUUAAAAAAAAAAUAUAUAUAUAUAUAUAUAUAUACACACACACACAUAGUUUGACUUCAUUUGCUGCAUAUGAAUAUUUCUCUACAUGCUACAGACACACAUUCCUACCCUCUUCUGCUUCCUAAGGGGAGAGACCCCCACCGCACACAAGAACAAAAGCAUUUUCUCACGUCCACCCCCGCCUUACCGAAGAGAGCAUUGGGUAGGGUUUCAGAGAAGAUGCUGACUAUGAAACAAUGGCAUGUGUGCAGGAGAAAUUGUGAUGGCCAGCCCCCGUCGGGAAGCAAAACUCACUUUAGAUGUCACUCCAAGCAUACGUUUUGCCUUCACCAUAUCAACUUGACAUUCAAGGGAGGGGAAAUGCUGCUCCGCAGUCAAUCCGCGAUCUUAUCUGCAUCCUGUCAUCUCUGAUGUUAGCGUUUGGGAUUGAAGUGCGGUUGUGCAAGAAAAGGGGGAACGAGACACUUAAGUACCACCAGUUUCAGCAAUAAAGAAGGGUUGUUCUGUAUUAGAAAUUGUACUGUAGAUAAAUCAUUCAUGAGAAUGUAUAAAAUGUUUGUCUUGUGACCUUGUGCUUUUGAAGUCAGACAAAACCGUGUAAUCACUUGCACAAAGAGAGGGUACACAAUGAACAUUGAAACACAAACCUAAUCCAACAGGGGCAGAUUCCUCAUGGUGCUUGUUUAUUAUAUAUAUUUAAUCCUGCUUGACACUUUACCCAAGGGAAGACGGUCCCUUUUAUCAGUUGAACGUUAGCAGCGUUAUUUCAUGGAGUGUGGUGACUGGUUAGAGAAAUUCAUGUACUCAGCCAAUCACAGUUUCAAACAAAAUUUUUAUGUGCGAAGGACAGCAACCUUCUUGUAUGUUAAACCACCAGUACGCUUUGUACAUCUGUGAUAACGCCUGUUUUAUAUUCAAAUGAACAAAUAAAGCUUUUAUUUUUGUUGCUCUGGAAA